AUGCCGACCUCAAUCGAGCCGCCCAGCUCCUCGUCCGUAUUGCUCCGCUGCAAUCUCCUCGUUCAGAACGAUCCUUCGUCUCUGCAAUCGAACGUGGUGGCUCUUUCUCUGGAUAUUUAUGCACGUUUGUUUCCCGGCUCGCACACCUCCUCCGGCGAAGGGCCGAGCUAUGUGUUGCUCAAAUUCAUCGGGAUUCCUGACUUCUUUCCUGGCUUCAACGUCUACAAAGUGACCAAAGUUGACUUCGACAAUGCGCCAGGAACGGUGCGUAUAGCUAACCAUUCGAAUCUUUUGCCGUUCACGCUGGAUUUCACGGUGAGCGGCUGUUUGGUGCAGAGCAUUGAUGUGGCCGAUAUCCCCACCCUCGAAAAGGUGUUUGUAGAGGUGCCGCCAGCAAUUUAUCUGAUUCUUGAUAAGGCGCCUGCCUCUGACGUCAAGCAACAGUUCGUCCAGAACUACAUAGCAGACAAUGGCGGCGUGGUGGGUCAGGAUGACCGCAUCCGGGCCAUCAAUGGCCGUGUUCGCCUCUGUGAGCCAUGCUCACAGGGCCUCGUUGGGCCCUCCACAAACCUUGUCUUUGUUCUUGGCCAGCCGCGUAGAAUUGACGUAGAUGUUCCACAAAUGGAGCCGGACUUCGAUGUGGAUUUGUCUCAGUACUUGUCUCGCUCGGCACUUGUCUCCGGAUCGGCCGUCAAAGAGGUCAAGUUGACCGCACGUCCUCUUCGACAAAAAAUAGCAGUCACUCUUCCUCGCAGCCCGGUAGAGGGGCGCGAAUUGUUCGUGUUUGUCACCACAAAUGUGCUCUCGAAAUUUGGAUUUCCCGUGUUCAAUGGUGACAUUGUUAAGUUGAACACUCCUACCACCUCCCUACUAGUUAAGAUCUUCACCUUUCUAGAACCGAACUCUUUUUCUGCAGAAAGUAUCUAUUUAUCUCCGUUGCUCUUGGUCAAUUUAGACCUUGAUGCUUCGAGUAAGGUCUCCAUUUCCCCAAUAGACUCUGAAAUUUCAACAUUCUCCAAAACUUUCCCAGUUGCGAAAUCAGCAACGAUCUCUCGAGUUGUUUCUCCGAUCACAAUGGAUAAGACAUAUCAGCAGAGCUUCAUGGCCGAGCUCAAAUCCACUUUUCACUCUCAAGCAAUGUGCGUUAGAGCAGGCGAUUUGAUUCCUGUUUGCAUUGACUCCAUCUUGGCGCGCUCUCUAUUUGAAAUUCAAAGUGCUAAUUCUAAUGCUAAUGGCGAGGAACCGGAAGAAUCCGGCGUCACGCCAGUUGGCAAUCCAGACUCUGUUGCAUGGUUCAAGAUUGUUGAAGUCUCUGGUGAUUCUUCUGACAACAACUCAACACAACAAUACAUCAUUGACCCCUCCAAAACUGCGCUCAUUUCUUCCGGUGUGGAGUUUGUCCGUUUACCUCCAAAUCAAAAGUCACACUGGUGUGAGUAUUUGGCUAUUGCUCCUCACUUCAAUUACAUCGACACGUUCACAAAAUCCCCAACCGCGUUUAAGUACGCUCAAGAAUUGUUCAACGUUCUUCAAACAGUUGUUAACACAACUUCCAAGAUUGAUCUCAAUACAACUGUUCUUCUUAGCUCAAUGACCAGAGGCCUAGGAAAGACAAUGCUAGUGAGAAGCAUGGCCUACGAUCUUGGACUCAAUUUAAUUGAGCUUGAUGCGUACGAUUUAUUGCGCCCGGGUGCAGAGUUGAAAACAGUGGGGCUUUUAUCUGGUAAAAUAGAGAAACAACUCAAUGGUCAACUUGAAGCGACUCAAGUCAGCAACUUUCAUCUCCUCUACAUAAAGCAUAUUGAAGCUCUUUGCGUCCAAGUUGAUCAAAACGAGCAGGGCGCAAAUUCCUCUAUCUCGUUGUCGUUGAAAGUGGUUCAAACAAUUCAAGAUCUUAUGAAAAAAUACAAAAACAUGGCAUUCAUUGCCAGCAGCAAUGAUAUUGAUAAGGUAAGUGACAGCUUGCGCCUGAUGAUAACAUUCCAGAUAAAUGUGACAGUUCCUUCAGAAGAGGAGAGAUAUAGAAUAUUCGACUAUCUUCUUAACAUGGAUCAAGGCAAAACCGCUUCAGAGUACUUGCCCGAUGAAUUCGAGGAUGUGACGGGAUUUGGAAAGCCAUUGGACUCGCUGCAACUCCCCUUUUCCCUUCGCAAGGACAUCCGUAUCCAGACCCUAGCAUUAAAAUCUGCGGGUUUGACACCGCCCGAUUUGAAAUCUAUCAUCAAAAAGGCAAAACAAAUUGCUCUCAAACGUAGCAAAUCACUCGCCAAAGCCAACAAAAUAACCCUAGAGAAACUCGUUAGGGUAGGAAACGGCGGCUUUGUCGUGAUCGACUCCGAAGACUUCGACAAGGCAAUCAACGAAGCCAGAGACCAAUUUAGUGAUUCUAUUGGUGCUCCCAAGAUUCCUAAUGUCAAAUGGGAGGACAUUGGAGGCUUAGAUUUGGUCAAGGACGAGAUUUUGGACACCAUUGAUAUGCCCUUGAAACAUCCCGAACUAUUCAGUAACGGUCUCAAGAAGCGUUCGGGCAUCUUGUUUUAUGGCCCUCCCGGAACCGGAAAAACUUUACUUGCCAAGGCUAUUGCCACUAACUUCUCUCUUAAUUUCUUCAGUGUCAAAGGUCCAGAGCUUUUGAAUAUGUACAUUGGUGAGUCAGAGGCAAACGUGCGUAGGGUGUUCCAAAAAGCACGAGAUGCCAAGCCAUGUGUUAUUUUCUUUGAUGAAUUGGAUUCUGUGGCUCCAAAGAGAGGCAAUCAAGGCGAUUCUGGUGGAGUCAUGGACAGAAUUGUUUCACAGCUUUUGGCGGAGCUUGACGGUAUGAGCGGUGGCGAAAACAAUGGAGAUGGUGUGUUUGUUGUUGGCGCAACCAAUCGUCCAGAUUUGUUGGAUGAAGCCUUGUUGAGACCGGGCAGAUUCGAUAAGAUGUUGUACCUAGGAAUCUCCGACACAGAUGAGAAGCAGACCAAGAUCCUCGAGGCAUUGACUCGUAAGUUCAAGCUAGCUGACGAUGUUGAUUUGGCCAAAAUUGCUCAAAAGUGUUCUUUUACAUUUACUGGUGCCGAUUUCUAUGCUUUGUGUAGUGAUUCGAUGUUGAAUGCCAUGACAAGAAGCGCCAACACAGUCGAUGCAAAGCUCAACGCUUUGAAUGACGAGAGAGUGCAGAAGGGGUUGGAGCCUGUGUCGAGUCGAUGGUGGUUUGAUAAUGUUGCAGGCCCAGAGGACCUUAAUGUGAUGGUCACAAUGGAGGAUUUCCAGAAGGCACAAAACGAAUUGGUUCCUUCGGUGAGCGCUGAGGAACUCGCACAUUACUUGAGAGUGAAGCAGAACUUCGAGGGUGAAAAAGAGAAAAGCCGUGAAGCACAGCUGGCAAACGGCUCCGAUGCAAAUGGGGGAAGCAGCGAGCUCUUUGAAAAUGGAAUUAAUGGCCAUUUGCAACUAUCUGGCGAUGCAUCGGAGAACGGCGGCUUCGAAAUACACUCCAAUGGCCACUGA